AAGUAGAAAUCUGUAAACACAUCGUGGCUGAUCUGUGUAUUGCAGAUUUUGUAUGUGCAAUACACCAUUUUACCGACUGGUCUCAAAAUCUGUUACGAGAAGUAAUAUUACUUGUGUGUUUUUGUUAAUGUAUUUGUAGUAUUUAAAACGGAAUCCCAGUUAAGAGUUAACCAUGUUAAAUGUUGGUUUGUUGCGUUAUGUCUGCAAAUCCAGGGUAGGUGCGGGUCGACUCGACACACUUACUAUUUUCUUACCACGCUGCCUCACUGACUAUACUAAGGUGACGCCGGUAAAGAGACUGAAACCCGAGGAAAAUGAGGCGCCGCUUUCCCCUCCGCUUAGCCCGGAGCAGCUGGACCGAAUCGAGAGGAACAAACGCGCGGCUCUGGAGAGGCUAGCGGCCAGGAACGUCCCUGAGGGCUUCGGAGUCAGCUGGCGGAAGGCUCUGAGCGCAGAGUUUGGCAAACCUUAUUUUAUCGGGUUAAUGGCGUUUGUAGCAGCGGAGCAAAGACGUUAUACCAUCUAUCCUCCCCAGAAACAGAUCUUCAGCUGGACUCAAGUGUGUGACAUCCAAGACGUUAAAGUUGUGAUCUUGGGCCAGGAUCCGUACCACGGUCCCAAUCAAGCACAUGGCUUGUGUUUCAGUGUACAGAAGCCGGUCCCGCCUCCACCCAGCCUGGAAAACAUGUAUAGGGAACUGGCUGCAGAUAUUGAAGGGUUUGAGCACCCAGGGCACGGGGACCUGACCGGAUGGGCCAAACAAGGUGUCCUACUCCUCAAUGCGGUGCUGACAGUGCGUGCACACCAGGCCAAUUCACACAAGGACCGGGGCUGGGAGCAGUUCACUGACUCUGUGGUGCAGUGGCUGAACAAAAACCAGGAAGGCCUGGUCUUCAUGCUGUGGGGGGCUUACGCACAGAAGAAGGGCUUCUCCAUUGACAGGAAGCGACACCACGUGCUGCAGACGGUGCACCCCUCCCCUCUCUCUGCCCACAGAGGAUUCUUCGGCUGCAAGCACUUCUCCAAGACUAACGAGCGGCUCCAGAAAUCAGGGAAGAAGCCCAUCGACUGGACAGCACUGUGAGCUCCAGGAAAGCAAGUUCCAGCCUCUCAGCCCUUUGAAAAGCACGGCACCCGCAGAAUAAGCUAAAGAAGAAAACAACCCCAGUUCAUGAUUUAAAAGAAGUAUUCACAUACGAGUCACAUUCCUUGUUUUAUUAAGACUUAAGAUAAGCCUCUGUCAAUGCAAGAGGUCUAGUCAAGUUGUUUGUAUUCUGCUGUACAGUUAACAGAUAACGAGAAGGGAGGCUGGUCAGAUAAUGAGACUCCUUUGUACAUUUAUUGUAAAAUUGUAUAUACACAUUGCUUUUAUUUCAUUGCACGUUUUGUUUGUUGGUUUAAUGCAAUGUUUUUGCAUGGCAAGUCAUUUGAAUGGGGAGGGUGAAUGAAUGGUAUAUGUUUUAAUUUGUACAUGUUUUAAAUAAAUGUUUUUCUAUGGUG